GUAAUUAUGUUUGUAGUUUUUCAAUAUUUCCCUUUUAGCUAAAGUCUUGAAAUUUCUACACCAAAUAGAGUUUUUCAAUAGCUUCAAUUUGAUAUAUAGCCCAACGUUCAGUGUUGAGUAUUUCUGCUCAUAACUCAGAAAAACUAAAAUGCACUGGCUUCAAUUUCCCCCCCUGAGUUAGCCUUCCAGUUUAUUUAUAGUUCAAUGUCUGUUGCUAAGGCCCAUUCCCCUGGACUAUUCGCGCGGACGUUGCAUUUUUCGCGCCGAAGUCAAAUGAACAUGGCGGACGACUUGAUGAGUUAGCGAUAUUUUGACCACUUUCUGCACUAGAUAUUACCUGGUUUUUACAUAUAAUAUUAUAAAAUGGUUUCUAGAUUUCAAGAUAAAUUUAACGAAGACUUGGAACUAAUAUACGCUAAAGUAAGUCUAUACAAAUACGAUAUUCAUAAUAAAAGUUAGCGGUUUAAUAUAGCUAUUAAAUAGCUAUGUAAUAUGAGAAUGUGACAGCACUUGGAUCAGAACUGGCACAUUUUAUUAACCAAUCAAUUAAUUAAGGGGUGAUUAUUAUCAACAUUUUCACCUUCCAUUCUUUCAUACAUUUGUGAAAAUGUUGAUAAUUAUGGAUGACCCUAAAUGAUUAUUUUGUUUAGUAUUCCAAUCCAUUUGAUGGUGCACCAGAGUUGACAUUAAGCACUUGUGACGUGCCAGAAAAUGUGCAAAUAAUAAGUAAGUUGUUAGGUUUCUUUAAUUACACUUCAAACAGGCUUAGCAAAGCUAGGCCAUUGCCUGACUUGUAAACACAGCUUUAGGCCACAUAAAAAAAAUAGUUGGUUAGCGUCCCCGCCCGCCCAAAAAAAGGCCCCGCUCAGGACUUUUUUUUAUUUUUUAUUUUAAAAAAACCCGACUUUUAUUGAUCAACGGGCUCUAAUAUAUGUAGUAUUUCUGUUGACUGUAGUCAAUUGUGUUAAUAAUUUGCGAAAUUGCGUGCGAAAAUGACGGUAUGAAUUAUAUUUUGAAAUAUAUAAAAAAUAUCUGUACUGCGCAAGAAAAUCCAGUUUCGGACCUAACAGUGAGUAAAACCAAGGCGUUAAAAAUUAGUAAAAAUUAAAAAAAAAAGCGCCCGCCCGCCCACUUUUUGGCAAAAGCCAAGGACGCUAACCAACUAUUUUUUUUUAUAUGGCCUUAUGCUAAAUAAUUUUAGUGCAAACAUAAUUAUGUAUAAACGUAAUUAACCAGUUAUCUGUGUCCUGGUUUAGUUUUACAAAUCCACAGCAUAUAGCAGAAUUAUUUUUAGUGCUGUGCACUGUAGCCAGAGUUUUGGCCUAUUUUGCCGGAGCUGGAGUUUGUUCAACUCCGGCAGCACUUAUUUGUGCUGCAAACUACUGUCGGACAUCAGCAAAAAACCUGAAUCAAUCGACAAAAAAGUAAAUACUCGUAUUGAUACUGCGUAAGCUUGCCACAGACAUAGUACGAAAUGUUCAUGUGAAGUGUUAAAAUCAACAACAAAGAUAGUGCUUCCACUUUGAAAAAUUCAAAUUUUCACAAAUUUAAUGUAUUAACUUUGCCUGCAUAAAAUUACAAUAACAAAACAGUGUGGCCAGGUCACCGCAACAGCUUAUUGCCAAUUACUGCGGGCCCAAACUACAACAAUAAAUUUGCCGGAGCUGGACGUGUUCUGCCAGAGCCGGAGUUUUUUUACCCAGAGUUUUUUUGGCCGGAGGUGAAAAAACCGGAGUUUGCACAGCACUAUAAAUUGUUUUCCACUUGCAUUAUAGAAAAUUACAAGUAUUCGAACUGUGGCAAGUGGAAGGUAUUAGGAGCAGACUCUAAUGGUGUAUAUGACAACAGUUGUGAUGAACGCAAUGGCGACACUUCAGAUGGCGACUACUUUUGCACUUCAGAUGAAGACAACCAAUCUAGGUAUGCUGUGUUAAUUAAACAUCGGUUUUUUAAUGUUACUUUUUUGAAGAUCUGCAGAUUACCAAUAGGUACACCCAUAUGGAAAGUAUGUCACUUUGGCUUUAAGCAAAAAAUAUCACAAAAAUGAGGCCCUAUAGUGAAGGUACUAUACUUUCUGGAAGUGUGUAUUGACUGAUGUUUACAUGUUUUUCCUGUUCUCACAUUGUUCUCAACAAUAAAUUUGAAUUUUUUUUUCUGUGUUGGUGUAAUGUACUCAGGUGAAUACGAUGCUUGUGAUGUUACUCCAAAGUUGUGAUGUUACUCAGACGAUGUUAUUCCAAAGGUCGUAGGUUUGAUUCCCACUGUGGCCAGGCAUAUUUUUCAAGCUUGCCUGGUGUGGAUAUACACUCAGAGAAACAUCACAAUUCACAAGCAACAAUAAAUUUGAAUUUAUUAAAUUUGCCAGAAUUACAAUACACACUUAGUAUACAUAUGUAUAUUAUAAAAUACAACAUUACAACUGGCGCAAGUUUAAUUAUUAAUAAUACAGGAAACACAUUCUAAUUGCUAUCCUACACUUUACAUUGGUACACUGCAAUAAAAGCCAAGAAUUAACCAGGGAAGCAAUAAGUAAAGAGUUUUGCCAAGUAUAGUUCAGUGAGUUUAGUUUUAAAUAAAGUUAUUGAAUCACAAAGUUUUAAAAUUAGAGAGUAUGUUAUUCCAAAGUUCAGCAGUUCUAUUGAAAGAAGACUGAUAAUUCUUGAACAUCUACAAAAAAUUCUUGAACAUCCUAGCCCCUCAGUCUGAAGUUUAAAUAGUAUGUUGUAUUUAAUUAAUAACCAGUGAAGUAAAAUGUUUAAUUACUUAUUGUUUCAGUUGUUAUGAUUCUGAUGACCAUUCUGAUUCCAGUGAAAGUUUCAAAUUAGGAAAAUCUUUCCGAGAAAAGUACCCAAGGUUGUGUGCAAAGCAGGGUCUAAAAACCCCUCCAUUUAAUGUUAAGUCAAACAAAUCUACAAAUGUGGCCAAAACACCACCGAGCAAUCACAACAUGGCUCAUAAACAAUGUUACUAUGAGCAAGAAGAGGAGCAAACAAGCAGCAAGAUGGUAUUAGGUAGAUCUUAUUCAAGUGAUGAAUAUUUCAAACCAAAGGAAACUGUUACAAUUUCUAAAGACUUGUGGUCUCAGGUUCAACAAUGUCUUCGUUUAAUGACAAGUGUAUUUAGGCAGUUAAAUAGUGAAUCCGAUAAUGAAAAGGAUUCAAAAAACCUUUCCAGUGAAAGGCCAUCUCAAAGACAAUCUAAUUUAAUAAGGAAAUCUUCUGUGAAGCAGAGACUGUUUAACGAUGCCAAUACAUGUCACGCUAGUGUUCCUCAAGGCUUAGUUGUGGAGAAACUAUUUGUCAGACAUAAAGGAUCAAGUACACCUGGUGUUGAACUUGCAUCGAGACAUACUUUCACUUGUGAUACUAAAAGCAAAAUCUCAGAAAUUGAAAGUUUAGAUUCUGGUUUUUGUCAGGAAAACAACAAUGUUUCUGCCUCAACUCAGCAGUACAGUUCACCAUCAUCAUCCAGCUCUAGAAUGGGUGGAUCAACCAGUCACAACACAAUAGUUUCUCAAAAGAGUGAAGGGAGUUGUGGUUUCAUGAAAUCUGCUGCUGGUUCUAAACAAGUUUCUUCUGGAGUAAGUUGUCGUUGCAGCGAUAGUUUGCGUUGUCUCCAACCAACCCCAGAGUUAUUAUCUCCCAAGGUCUUUGGUGAACAUAAUCAAGCAUCAUCAGAAAAAAAACGUCGACGGAGAUAUCGUCUUGUACGACGUCGUUCUGCAUCUUGCAAAACACGAGGGAGAUCGACGAAUGAGACACCAACGAGCGACCAUGAGUCUGAUACACGAGAAAAUCAGCAUUUUGCAAGAAAUGAAGUUUAUCCAUGCAUGUCAACAGGAACAAGUGAACAUGAGUCUGACACAAGAGAAAGCCACCAUGGUGCAAGAAAUGAACACUCAUUUGAUCAGUGCCUUAGUGAGACUGAUGAUUUCCAUAUACCUGAGAAAACGAAGAUGACAGCAAUGAAGGGUAUUAAACAAAGUGAAUGCUGUAGUUCUCCUGAAAUAUAUGACGUCAUGUUGGUUCACGCACCACCCACUCUUGUUCAUAAUAAGGUUUUGUCUCCUCGAGCAAUUCCUAGAAAUAAAACCCCAUCACUCACUACAUCAUCCCAAGAAAACUGCCAUUCUUCCACCUCACAUAUGCAUCCCCGAGCAAUUUCUGGAAAUAAAAGAUCACUAAUAACUGAGUUAUCCCAGGGGUACUGUCGUUCCUCUACCCCACGGAAACACCUUGAAGUGAAUAAUGUCACCACCUCACCAGACUCUAAAGCAUACUUAAGACGACCUUUAUUUCAACAAAACAGCGGUACAUCUGCAGAAUCAAUGCCCAGUCCUAUCAGGUCCACUUUGAAUACAAAUCCAACUGAAACAUUGAUAAACAAUACCUUUCUCGGCAAUACAGAUCACCCGCGUGCUCUGUCAAGUCAACCUCAAAAUAUGAAGGAAUCACUGCUAAGCCCAAUCAGCUCCAAAUCGCCCGGUGCAAUUCUCCAACCCGAGAUCUCAGUUAAUUUCUUGAGGACCAAAGACAUCCUUAAGAGAAGGUCUAGCUGUGUUACUAACGAGGGGCCAGCAAAACCGAACAUUCGAUCAGGUCAAAAUAAUGAUGGCUAUACUAAGAAACUGUUUCCUAGUUUAUCAAAGAAAGGUUUUUCUGAUGGUUCUAAUACUUUGCUAUUCCAUAUUCCUUCAGAUGAUCUUUUCAAGCAAAAUACAGAACAAGACUAUUUGUCAAAUGAAGGUCACAGUAAAAAUAACCAACGUGGAAAUAUGAUGCCAAGUAUUGUCAGAUCAGCAAAUUCAACGUCAACUAGAAGCCCUGAUUAUUGUAGAUCAAAGUCAAGAAAUGUAUUAUGUGCUACGACGGAUAGACGGCUGGUAAACUCUCCGUUGACCCAGAUGCACAAUUCAGAGAGCAGUCCAACAACAGAAUCCUCAACUACUCGCUGUGACAGAAAAUCCAAAGUUACAACUCCUGAGAAACUGAACAGACUCGAUCACAAUUCUGACAGGUUUACCAGUCCUAACAACCAUCAACUGAAGAUUGCACCACGGCGAGCAAAGUUCCAUCCUUACGCUACAUGUAGUAAAUUUCCCAGAACACCGUCACUAAGUUCACCAUUUCAAAGUUUGAGCAGCAGAUCACCAUCACUGAUUUCACCACUCCGAGAUCUUACCAUCAAAUCACCAUCAUCACCACGUCACAAAUGGACCACACUUGACCGCAGUCCAAUGGCAGUUUGUGUUAAACAGGCUCGAAGAAUGUCUGAUCCAGUUGUAGCAUCUCGAAAGAUUUUGGAGUUUGGUUCACAUGGUCGAUGCAGUGAUUCCAGUUCAGACAAGGAGAAAAUAAAGUCCCGAGAAGAGAGAGUAUCUGACGAGAUAAAGAAUGAACAUGGUUUGCAAUAUCCUCAUAAGAAGUUGACAAUGAAGCGAAAUAAUAAAGUUGAUCGUCAUGUCGAAGAUAACGAAUCUCGUUCGAAGUGUUCUAAUGGCAAAUGUACAAAGACAUUCUGCUUUAAUUGUUCCAUGAUGGAUUUGUCAUAAUUAUUCGUUGACCUGUUGCAAUUUCAAAUAUGUAUAGUUAACUGUGCAGUGUAAAAAAUGACAUAUACCCGUAUUGCUAAACGUUCAAUAAAGUGUAUUUUUUUCUCUUA